AUGACUUGGCUUGCUCCUCUUCUCAUCGGGUUACUUACCCCGGCUGCUGUGACCAGUGCACCGACACUGGCCACUCCUGACUUUUCGACCGGCGAUUUCGUCUACCUGGGAAAUGGGCAAUACGAAAACCAAACCGCUAGUAUCAUGGCCGUUGAUCCUCCAAAGGCCUUGCCCCUAAAAGCGACAGCAAAUGACCUGAGAUGGCAGCCAUCCAUGGAUUUCGACACCGAUGGCUGCUAUAACGUCCCCGCCAUUGAUGCAAACGGUCAGAUUUCGGCCGGUCUGCCUUACCAGUGGACGAGCCUUGCGGGGGAUUGUCGCGAGGCGUCUGAUCUGGAUAAUAACAAUGUCUAUUCCCGGCAGCGCUGUAACAACGGCUGGUGCGCUUAUAUCUAUGACUACUACUUUGAGAAAGAUGUUGCUGUUGCGUAUAUUGGCUUCUUGAGCGGGCACCGUCACGAUAUAGAGCAUAUCGCGGUUUGGGUGAAGGACGGAGUUGCCCAGUACGUCGGGGCCAGCCAGCACGGCAACUAUGAGAUCCGGGCUGCAUCUGACGUGCGAUGGGAUGGUGAACACCCUAAGAUGGUCUACCACAAAGACGGCUCUAGCACGCACUGCUUCCGUUUCGCUACCGAGAAGGACGACGCUAUAGAAAACCACAAAGGGGUGUGGUUCCGCGGUGACCUCGUCAGCUGGAAUGGCUUCCCAUCUGGAAUCCGUGAUACCCUGAUGAACUAUGACUUUGGCACUGCCAACUUUGCUAUCAGAGACGCCAAGUUCUCCGAUGCCCUGACCAAGGCGCUUCCAAGCGGCAUCACCUUUGAUGUGAAUCUGGAUGAUGGAUCUCCUGGAGAUCCGUGA